AUGGGGGAUCUAUUUGCGUGGCUAAUAUCAUUCUUUCUCCUCGUAGCUAUUCUUGGUAUACUACUUUACCAGCUCAUGUGCCUGGCCGAUCUUGAGUAUGAUUAUAUUAAUCCUUAUGAUUCAGCAUCCCAAAUAAAUAAGGUUGCUUUGCCAGAGUACGGUAUUGAAGGAGCACUAUGCUUCCUCCAUCUCAUUACUGGGCACUGGGUUAUGUUUUUGCUUUGUCUUCCAUCCUCGUGUUACAACGUGAAAUUAUAUUCUGAGCGGCGGCAUUUGGUCGACGUAACUGAGAUCUUCAACCAGCUUACCUGGGAGAAGAAGCUAAGGUUAUACAAGCUUGGAUAUUUUGUGAUAAUUCUAACCUUGUCAAUAUUCUGGAUGAUUUGGAGCAUCAUGGAUGAAUAA